AUGGAAUGCAUCUGUGUGUGGUUCUACACGGUUCGCCCUGUCCGGAAUGACAUCAGCUACACUGACAUCGAGGCGAGACCCGAAGAUUGUCGUCCGUUUUCGAAGAAAGUGCGAAAAGCACAGGAAAAGCUGCAGGCAGAUCCGAUCCGCCUAUUCGACUGGCUGAGCGCACACAAUAACGUCGACAUCUCGCACGUGUUCCCCCAGCUGAUCCCUGCCGGGGAGCUGGAGGGGGUUUAUGCUCAGUUUUUGGCGGAGUGGCCAAAGCUGAACAGGGAGCAGAAGAAGUUCAGGGCCCGCCAGAUCGUGAAAAUCCAUCGGGAUCGAGAGGAGGCUCGGGAAAUUGAACCCGCCACCUUCGUCCAUUCCGACUUCGUGCCCCUGGUUACCGUCCCAGCUGGCAGGACCGUCAAAUUGAGCUGCAAGGCGACGGGAACGAACUUGGGGUACGUUUGGCACAAAAACGGAGCCGUCGUAGUCCAAGGAAGUCCAAGAGCCACUGGAUACAUCUACGGCUUGCGGGGUCACGCUUUAGAACUGGAGGAUACAGUACCUUCGGAUUCUGGGAUGUACAAGUGUAUUGUUCAAAACCCACUUGGCUCUAUCGAAAGGACGUACAUUCUAAAAGUUGUUGAACGACUACGCUCGGCUCCUUUGAUCCUACCAAAUGUGCUUCGGAAUCAGACUGUUAAUGUCAAUGGAACGGCGACCUUCACCUGCGAAGUUAUCUCGGACCUGACUCCCCACAUCGUCUGGGUCCGAAUUAACCGUACCGAUGGAGAAUAUUACUUUCAAAUACCCACCAACGGCUCUAAUAAUCAGCAGCACCACAAAAAUGAGACUGUGUUUGCGUAUACCAGGAUGGAGAAUCAUCCGAAAGCUACAAUCUACAACAGUGCCAACGCCUCUACGCUCCGUCUCGUCAACGUUACUGUGGAAGAACAAGGGAUUUACGCAUGUAUUACAGGAAAUUCUUUGGGAAAGGUGAUGGCCAACGCUACUCUUACUGUUAAUGAAUUUCGUACCCUGACGCUACCCACUGGAAAAGCCCAACCCCAAGGAAUUCCGUUGAGCUACUUGAUCCUGACGCUCAUCUUCUUGUUCCUGCUAUUUUUGCUGUUUUUGGUCAUCUUAUCUUACUAUCUUUGCAUCCGUGCCAGCAAGAAGAAAAUGGACGAGGCCGCUAGGUUGUUGCCGAGGAGGAAGAAGGUCGUCGUCCGUCAAAAGGAUCACGAUGGAACUCGGGCCGGCUGGGCAGAUUUGCCAUCGACCUACCAAAUCCAAAUCAUUGAACAAUCUCCACAUGGAGCAAGACAAUCCCAUAUUUCUUCCGAUAUGACAAUCAACUGCGAGUAUGAGAUUGAGGAGGAUCCGGCAUGGGAGUUCGAGCGAUCGAGAAUCGAACUCAUUGACGUGCUCGGCGAAGGUGCUUUCGGAGAAGUCUGGCGUGGCCACCUCAACAUUGAGCCUGAAGACUACCCCGAAAACGCGAUCAGCAGAGUUCCCUUCAAGCAACCAAUCGCUGUCAAAAAACUCAAGAAUACAGCCCAUGAGCGUGAGCUUCGAGAUCUGGUGCUCGAGAUGACCAUCUUGAAGACGUUGGAAGAAAUGGAACCCGCGCCUGGGAAGGAGAAUGUGUUGAGGAUUAUCGGGUGUUGCACCGGAGUUGGACCACUUUUGGUGGUGCUCGAGCUGUGUCAGCACGGGAAUUUGAGAGACUUCCUCCGCGCCCAUCGACCCCGAGCCGAGCGUGCCAUCGAAUCCGUGCCCAGCUCGCCUAUAAACAAAUCAAGUGGAACCCUCCAAGAUUACCUGGAACCCAGGAGAGCCCAAGAACGAGUCCUUAUCGACCCACUGACCCAACGUCACCUUGUCGAUUUUGCCUAUCAAGUAGCGAACGGAAUGCACUUCCUCAGCAGCAAGCAAAUCAUCCAUCGGGAUCUGGCUGCCAGAAACAUUUUGGUGGCCGAUAAUUUUGCGCUCAAAAUCUCGGAUUUCGGACUAUCGAGGAAUACGUCGAGUUCAAAGGAUUAUUAUAGAAAGAAGGGCAACGGACGUCUUCCCGUAAAGUGGAUGGCCCCGGAAGCCCUCGAUGCCCAUAUCUACACAACCGAAAGUGAUGUAUGGUCCUACGGCAUCCUGCUCUGGGAAAUCAUGACCCUUGGUGGGACCCCAUAUCCAACCAUUCAAAUGCAUCAACUCUACAACUACCUCAAAGACGGCUACCGUAUGGAGGCGCCUCACAAUUGUCCGCAGGAGAUUUACCAGAUUAUGAUUGGGUGCUGGCAGGAAGCCCGCGAAAAGCGCCCAUCCUUCGCGAUGAUGCGCGAUUAUCUGCAGUGGAUGUUGGCAGAGACGGAAGGAGAAGAAGCUAAUGACGACCUGGAAAGCCGUCCCUCCGAUUCAUCACACAACGAUUUGGACCACUUUGCGCCUCCCCCUCCGAAAACCACCCAAUCUAUCGCUUCCGCUUCAGCCACGACCACCACCACCUCCAGCUCGAGCACUUCUGCGUCGAGCAGGAAGAAGUCGAGCUCGUCGUCCGACCCGCCAGAUACCCCACCAGGUCCUGCUCCUCCCCCGAUACACGAGAGGACGGCGGCGCUGCAGAGUCGGGUGGAAGGUCCCCGCCCCGGCCAGGACCACGAUUACAUGAAUGUGGCCCGGGCGCCGAGCCCAAGUCGUGAGGUUCAAGGCAGCUACCGUAACCCAUCCUCUAAUUCUACGGAUUACCAAGCUAAUGGGCAGCGAAAUAGCCUCUCCCACUCCCCCCACCCCACCACCAGUACAAAGCUGACGGCCGAGGAGGCCCGGCGGCACUCCAUGGACUCGAGGGCCUCAUCAGGUCGUGGCGGUUCGUCGGGCGUCUCCUCAUCUGAGGGAAUCGGUGGCCUAUCAGAUUUGCCUUACCCGCUGCUGAUACGCUUUAAAGCCGAGCCUGCGCUCAUCACGAAUCCUGCUACAUACAUGUCGGGACCAGAAGGAGUAAGCAUCGAUGAUGGAGGGCUGAGUGACGCAUUUGGGAAGUUGUCGCUCAAAGCAGCCCCGUUUAAAUACAUGUUCUGGAAUGUGAGCAAUUUCUGCUUCAAGUGCGACGCAAAAAUCACGGACAUAGUCGUUCUCAUGAAACGUCAUGCUGUGGAGUUUUGUUUUAUCAAUGAAGCUCACUUGCUUUAUGACGAAUAUCGCCCUAAUAACGAUAAAGAUUGCAAGAUCUCCGCGUUCGCGAAAGAGAUGUCGCAAGCGGGAAUAGCACUCAAGCUCGGUGUGAAGUGGGUGCGAUGCGAAGAUGCCAUUCAUCAUUACCUUGUGGGAGAUAACCGAGAGAAGGUGAAGAUGCUAUUGAUAUAUCAAACAGAAACCGAGGAAGGCAAAAAGCUCUCGGAUGCAGAUCUAGCAUACGAUGUUUUUCCGAUGGUACCACCUGACCCUGAAACUCGAGGCGAUCGCAUAUUCACUGUCAAAAUAGGCUUGACAACCUUCUUGUUCAUGCAUCGACAAACAUCCAGCAUGACAUGUACCCCUCCCAAUGAACAGUCGCGGUUUGUGAAGUGGUUCAGAAAAAUACACGGAUCCAACCAAAAUCUUCUCCUAUUUGGCGAUCUGAAUUUGCCCGGAAUGGAUUGGUAUAAGUUCGAACCAAGGCAUGCCGUUGAACAUACCCCACUCACCGAAGAUGUUGGCGAAUUUCUAAAACGCAAUCAAUUCGACCAAGAAUGGGUUCGAGAGGUGACUCGCAGGGGAGGCUUCUAUAGCAAAUUGGAUGUGAUCCUAAGUCGAAAAAAGGGCCCCUGCCCCCUGGGUAAAGCAAAGGUAGAAUGGAUGGGACACAGUGACCAUGCUGCCAUCCUCUUCAACCUUAUCGAUGCAGAGGCACGCCAGCUCUCCAUUGACGCUACACCGAAGCACGCGAUCUUCCUGAAUGCCCCAUUUGAUAAGGCUCAAACGAUAACUGUGGAGUUCCAAAACUUAGCUGAAGAAUUUAACUUUUCCAUACGAUGCAGCGACCCAGAACUCAUCAGUGUGGCCGCUGAAGGUGAAGAUGAAGGUGGCCUAAGCGUCGAAGCAUGUUCAAUAAAACAAAUGCGAUUAAUUUUUACCAUUCCCAUCCCACAAAAAUUAGAAGGCAGGCUCAACCAUCUAGAAGCGGAAGGCUCCCAUUGGCUGAUACUAACCCACAUGCGGUCCCACGAGCAAUAUCAUUGGCGCAUCCUAUUCAAUCGUCAUACGGAGGCCUCCCUGGCUCUA